AUGUCUCCACCACUAAUACUAUUCUCAAUAGGCAACCCUGGUCCUCAAAACAGACACUCAACAGGUCACAUAAUGCUUAAACCUCUAAUUGACUCAUCACAAAAUGUAAAACAACUACAUACAAAACUGACUUAUUCCAUAACAUCAAAUUCAAAUAAAUCUAUUUAUUUUGUUAAAUCAAAUACGUACAUGAAUGAAAGUAGUAAGGCGAUGGAAAGGUUGUUCAAAGAUGAAAACCUACCUUUUGGUUGCUUAAUAAUAGUACUAUAUGAUGAUUUUGAAUCAAACCUUCCAAAUGUUAAAUUAUCUAAUCUUAAAAAAAAUGAAUCACAUAAUGGAUUAAAAAAUCUACAAAAAUUUACUACAAGUCAAAAUUAUAAAAUUUUAAAAUUAGGUCUAGCUAUUGGUCCAAAACCUCAAAACUCUAAUAAAGAAACAAUGAGUUCUUGGGUACUUUCUCCUUUCACAUUAGAACAAAAACAAAUUUUUCUAACAAAAUCUUUUGAAUUGUGUACUUUUUACCUAGCUGAAAUUAUUGAAAAGAUUCAAGAGUCUGAGAAUGGUGAAUUGGGUGAUAUUGGGAAAUUUGAUGCAAGAAUCAAAAAAAUGUAUAAGAAACAAUCAGAAACUGAUGAGUAG